AUGAUCAACUUUUUGAAUCGGCGAUUUCGCUCCGGUUUCCAACCGCUGAAGGCGUCGAUCAGCGAAUUCGAGUUCACAACGAUUCGAGACAAGAGUUCGCGGAGGAGGCCCAAGAAAAGUGCGAUUCCCCGCUUUUACAGCCAUUACGAUAUGACCGAAGCAGUCGGCAGCACGGUAAAAUAUUCUAUUUGGUUUUGUUCUAACCAAGGUUGAGCUUUAUUAUGACUAAAAAAUGGACUCUUAUCCGAUCAUUUUGAGCCCUAAGAUUAUACUUAUCCACCUAAUACUGUAAAUAUUAUAAUAUCGUCUCUGGGCUCUGAAGCACUUUGGAAAUUGGUUUGCAUAACAUUUCCGCUCUAUUUCACCAUGAAAUCAAAGAUUUUAUACGUAUAAAUUGGUCUUUGCCCUAGAGUCAAAUGUACCUAAAUUAUGGGUUGUCAGUUAUAACAAAUGGCCAGUGAUAGAGUAAAUAGUCGUUUACUCCCUUUGAGUUUAUUUGUCUGCCUCCAGAAUCCCUUUGGGACCUUUCAUAAAGCCUUGGCUGUUUUCUGGAGCUUCUGGAAUCCUCUGAGAUGAUUUAAUGAUUUGAAAUCUUGGCCAAGAUCUUGUGGGACUCUCCAAGAUCAAUGGACCGGCUUCUGGGCAUUUUAGAAACUUCCAUGAUGACUUUGAGAUAUCUUUUUGUUCUUUAGAGCCAUCGGAAUCUUGCAUUGUCGUCUGGCUAUGUCAGCAUUCUACAGAAUUGUUUCCAGAUCUCCCAGAAUCCUCUAGAAUCUCUCUGGAAGCUGUCACUAUCCUCUGAGUCCUCCAGAGUCCUCAAUGAUCCCGUAGAAUCUCUCUUCAUCUCUUAUUGUCCUCUGGACUUCCUAGAAUCUCCCCAUCUUCAGAUCCCUCCAAAAUCCCUCAUAACUUUUCUCGAAACCUCCGCGCAGUCCAUUCUCAAACCCCGCGGGGCUAUUUGUGAGUCGGAAGCGGAGGAAUCGCGAUGCACGGGAUCGGUUGCCCUCCGGGGACGUCUUUUGAGGCGUCAAGGAGAUAACAACCCUCCGUUUUUGCCAACAGUCACGGGGAAUGCGGCGUUUCGGCGCCGUUCGAUCGCUUUCCGGUGGCGCCGCGAACUGUUCCCGCGAGUUCUGGUUCAAACGCGCCGUCAUAGCGGCCGACGCCGAGAGCCUGAGGCCGCAGGUGAGUUGGGAGAAAGCUUAAAAUUCUGGAUUCAUGUUAAUGUAUCAAAUCGAUCAUAUUAUGAGGAACUGUUGUUUACUAAUCCGCAAAAUCGCUGAAGAAAAUUCAAAGUGCAAGCGAUGGGUCGGAAAAACCGUUUGCACGUGCAAAAAGCAACAAAUGUUACAGUGCAUGAUGCACUUUUGUUUUCACAGAGUGCACGUAUAAAGAAUUGCUCCAGAGACUUUGUAGUGUCAAAGUUUGAGGAUUAAAGGUUAGUUUUGAAAUUCAGACGGCGGAAGUGCGUUUGUUUACUUCUCGCGCCAAGAGAAGAAAUUUUCACAAGAAGCGAUUUUUACAUGGACAUCUUUGUUUUGAAAUUUGUAAUGUAACUGGCGUCUUUUUGAUAUAUUGUUUAUCUCGGUCGUAUAUCAGUUGAGGGGAAAUAUUAGUCAUCCUUCUUCUGGGGUAGCGGAGUUUUUGGAAACCGCUUUUGCUAAAAAUUAUUUGUAAUUUCCACAAAGCUUAUCGCAAAUAACUUGGCAAAAGAGCAGAAUCUGCUCACCGCCGAGAGAGCACGCUAAACGCGGAGAGCGGUCAGAGAGAAAAGCGCUUUUUGGCCAUAACUUUGGCAGUUUCGUGCGGAAAAAUUUGAUUUUUUGUAUAAGCAUUAUCCUUUACGGUGGAAAUAGGCAUGAAACUUUUCGUGCCGAAGUUCGGAAAAAAGUCCUAAAUUUUCGCCGACUUUCGAUCUAAAAAUCUCGGUGUUUUCUGCAAAGCGCGAGCUAGGAUUCUCGCAUAUAUCUUAGAACGAAUUAUUCUAAAUUUGUGCCAAAUUUCAUCAAAAUCUGAGCGUCGCAUUUGGGAUACUUCCCCUGUCAGUUUUGUUGGGAUCUUUGUUUUCUUUUGCCUCUUGUCCAUUUCUCCCCGACAUUACUGUACUUGACUCUUUGCCUUUCCCAUCCCAUUCCCAUACACUUUACGUCUUAUCGUCGCCAUCACUCCAAAUGACAUCAAUCCCCCUGUCUUGAACAUCCAAACAUCACUUACACCUCUACUUAUGUUCAUGUCUUAACUCUGUCAAAUCCUCUUAUUUUUUUUUAUUUUUUUGUCACGUUUGCGCGGUGCUUAUGCUGAAUUGGGCCGGAAAUUGUGGGGCGCGAAACGAGGUUAGAAGGGGAACGAUCCCAUUCUGCUGAGGGAUUUUACGAGCUCUGUCGCACCAAUACCCGCAGGGGAUAAACGCGUGCAAUUUGUUUUUUGACCACUUCAAAAAGCCCGACGGUUUGGCUGAUCUGUAAGAUGGGACGGGAGAGUUCACGAAGAUUUUUAUUCAGUUCUCCAAGCAACAUUGGACAUGGUUAUGGCCACUACUGUGUCUAUAAGCAUGUUUUUCCAAGCUUUCUCGAGUAUUUCACACUUUUUUUGAAACCAGGAAUUUCCGGUCCCGAUGCAGUUGGAAGCGUCGGAAACAAUGCGCCAGCUGAGCCAUAAAAUCUCCGACACCCUCGGACGCCGUGGCCCGCGCCCUCGGAUUCCAGGACUCGGCUCCUCAUUACCUAUUACGGACUUCCCGCUUACGCAUUCCGGAAUUUCCAAGUCUCGUCUAGGCCAUGUUGCGUGAAAUUCGUUUGACCUUGCGGCGAUUUCCUUGGGCGGAGAGACACAGUAUUUCCGGCCAAGUGAGUCAUGCGUCAGCAAGGCCUUUCGUCGCUGUUCUCUGCUCCAGAAACUUAUAUUUUUGUAAAUUUUUCGCUUAUUUCCCUGUGAUUUGCAGGCUUCGCUGGAUUUUGACGCUGAAAUUCGUACCCUCAGGGCCCCGUGGGUGGGAAAACAUUAAGGCGUUCUUUCUGUCAGAUGUUGAAUUUUUUGAAAUUUGAUAGAUCAAUUUCUUCUUGGCUAGUCAACUGCAAAAAAACAUAAAAAUCAAAACAUCAAAAGUUUGUUGGAAAUGUCGGGAUUUUUGGUCGUUGGAUUGAGCGUUUCUCUGUGUGAAGUCUGAUGUGUAAAGGAAUCUAUGUGGCCUGUGGUGCCCAGCAUGCAAGCUAACAAUUGUUUUAUUUAGCUGUAAAAUUUUUUAUUCUUUGCGGAGGUGAGAAGUGUGAUUUUUUUAUGAGGCACAGGGGCCUGUUUCAUCAACGAAAAAUAAAUAAAAUAAACGAAAGGGAAAGCGAGAGAACACCCAAAACACGUUUCGAAGCGAGAGAGUCGCGACAGAUUAGUAGAGACCAUCUAUAGAGCGGCGCAUUUAUCACAGCGAUCGGAGUGACUUUUUACGUCCAAAACGGGGGGUUCUCAGCAGUAAUCAGUGGAUAACUCGGCUCCCGGUGGUCGUAGAAUCACCCUUCCAAAAACCAAAUAAAGCUAUUCCUUAGAGCUACGUGAUAUCCAAAUUUCAUAUUUAUACUUCAAAAAAUGAACUCAGUAGACACCUAGUAGAUCGUAGUAUUCAACUUUUUUGACGUUUUUUCUGAAAAACGUUAUUAUUUCAGUCAAUUUUUAACAUAAUGGGAUAAAAUUGGUACCAGUCGAUAGCCAAACGUUUACUCUACAAAACUUUUUUAGAGGGGCGGUUUACUUCAAAAAAUGAACUCGGUAGACACCUAGUAGAUCACAGUAUUUACGCUUUUUUUACGUUUUUUCGAAAAAAACCUUUGUUUUUCACUCAGUCUUUAACAUAAUGGGAUAAAAUUAGUACCAGUCGAUAGCCCAACGUCUAAUCUAUAAAAAAUUUUUAGAGGGGCGGCUUCUUUUGCCCUGUGACCUGCGAAACGUUCAAUUUCGUGAGACGAUGUCUUCUAUUUGCGUAAAAAGUCCUUCGAUCGUUUCCGAAAAAACCAAAAGAGAGGAAAAGGGCCCUCGAAACGCGGUUUUUUGUGUCAAAAACGGUGGUUCAUGACAGUAAACAUAGACGUUUCGCAGGCCACAGGGCAAAAGAAGCCGCCCCUCUAAAAAUUUUUUAUAGAUUAGACGUUGGGCUAUCGACUGGUACUAAUUUUAUCCCAUUAUGUUAAAGACUGAGUGAAAAACAAAGUUUUUUCCCGAAAAAACGUAAAAAAAGCGUAAAUACUGUGAUCUACUAGGUGUCUACCGAGUUCAUUUUUUGAAAUAAACCGCCCCUCUAAAAAAGUUUUGUAGAGUAAACGUUUGGCUAUCGACUGGUACCAAUUUUAUCCCAUUAUGUCAAAAAUUGACUGAAAUAAUAACGUUUUUCAGAAAAAAACGUCAAAAAAGUUGAAUACUACGAUCUACUAGGUGUCUACUGAGUUCAUUUUUUGAAGUAUAAAUAUGAAAUUUGGAUAUCACGUAGCUCUAGGGAAUAGCUUUAUUUGGUUUUUGGAAGGGUGAUUCUACGACCACCGGGAGCCGAGUUAUCCACUGAUUACUGCUGAGAACCCCCCGUUUUGGACGUAAAAAGUCACUCCGAUCGCUGUGAUAAAUGCGCCGCUCUAUAGAUGGUCUCUACUAAUCUGUCGCGACUCUCUCGCUUCGAAACGUGUUUUGGGUGUUCUCUCGCUUUCCCUUUCGUUUAUUUUAUUUAUUUUUCGUUGAUGAAACAGGCCCCAGGUGAUUUUUGAGUUAAAUUAUUUUGGUUCUUGAACAUAAGAUUUGAGUCAUUUUUUGUCAGAAUUAUCCAGCAGUUUUUCAUUACUGAAAAAAUUAGGAUGACAAAAGUUAAUUUUUAUGAAUGGCGUAAAAAUUUUUAUUUUACAUAUACAAGGUACCCUAGUACUAUUUGCUUAAAAUUCAGCGUAUACAUUGUCCACAGGGCGCAUAUUAAUUAAAAUUUUGGCUGGAGCUUUGCAUGGGCUCCCUGUAAAUUCUACAACUUUUUUUUUCCAAGAGCGAGUAGCGAUGGGAGGAGAAAGGUCAGAAAAAAUAUUCUUUUGGCUGUAUCUUUGCCAAUUUCGCAUAGAAAAAAAUAUUUUUUUUUUGUUUUUGCAAAUCGCAAGCUAAAGCUCUUGUCUCUAAGAUAUUUACUCUAAAGUUGUACCAAGGUUGAUCAAAAUCUGGGAAUUGCAUUUUGAACACGAGCCUUUAAGAUUAUGUCAUCCCUCUAGUCUGCUUGCCGUAUAUCGAAGACUUCCCUUGUAUGAAAUCUCAAAACUACAAGUCUCUGAAAUCCUCAUGCUAAAAUCGUCCGCUUUUAUUAUACGAUCGCAUUUGAAAUCCAACGAAAAUGUAACUAUAGAAAGGUGUAUUUUGAUAUAAACAUGUCCGCAAGACCGACCGCUGGUCGUCCGGGACGACUCGCCAGGAACGGUGGGGGGUUUGUGAUGCCGUGUGUCUCCGAACUGUUUCUAAUUCCCACUCCCACACGCGGGGCCGCCAAAACUUAUGCCUUCAGGGCAUUCCCAAGGUCCGGAACUUUUCGCGGGUUAUUAAACGAGGGGUUUGGGCCGAGUCGAAAACCCGGCCCUUAAUUGGAUUCUGGAGUGUGGUUAGUGCGGGGAUCGGGGUGUUUUUUCGAAUGUUCGUGUGGUAGAAUGUACGAAAUGAAGUCAAGGGAAUUUGGAUAUAACGGCUUGUUAUGACUUCAUUAUGAUGCUGGACACGGUUUAGGGGCACGAAGCACGUUGUGGGGAGAAUUCUGGAUGUUUUAUUUAGGUUCAAGGAGGAAGUUUUAGAUGGGGAGCAGGCAAACUCACAAUGCCUCGAUUUCAUUGAAACUUUGCUCUUUAAUUCGCUCGGUCUUCUUAAUCAUUCGCUGAAAAUUUGAGCUCGUAAUUUGCUUGAGGCGCUGAGAUAUUCCAAAAUAAUUUUCAUAGGGAUAUUGCGUAAAAUUCGGAGUUUUGGUCGGAGAAAAGACGUCUUCAAGGCAUUUCUUUACAAGUAAGAUGAGUCUUUUUUAGCCUUUCUAACUUAUAAACUGUCUAAAAAUUGCAUUUUUGUUUUGUCCAAUCCUUGAAAACCAAUGAAAUUUGCUUCCCAACGGCUUCACAAUUUCAAAAAAUCUGAUUUUCAGAACAGCGAAGAAGUAGUGGAGGUCCUGGACGUGGAAAGCAGUUCGAUGGAUGGAGACCGUCAGGUUCUCUUGGCCUUUGUCCCCUCCUCAUCCAGCUCCCUCAAGGACGAUGAGGAUCCCAUGAAUGAUGACUUUUCCUCAGUUGCAUACAGCGAGUAAGUUGAUGACCUUAAACAGCGAUCUUUUGGUUGUUGUUUUAGCCAAGGAAGAUAUAGUUUAAAGCCCACAUUUUUUAUUAAAUUUUGAUCUAAUUAUUUGCCAAGUUCUUCAAAAUCUGAGCGUUUUACUUUGAGCAUUUCCCUUGUUUAACUUUUUUUUCAAUUCUUGACUUCCUGAACUUCUCCCAGUACCCUUUAUUUACAGUAUUUCAUGUUUACUUCCUGGGAGAUGUUGAAAUCUUGACUUUAAUUGCGAUAUUAUUCUCGCUUACACAUUUAUUUUUAGGUUCAAAAGCAAUGACUGCGGCUUGGACCGGGCACUGAAUGAAUGCAACCAAAUUCGACUCAAGGACGGAUUCAAGGAAGGCCUUUUGUUGAAAUGUAUCGAGCCUAAAGGUGAGUUCUUCAAGUCGUUCUAACAAGCCCUAAAUCAUCAGCACUUUGAGUCCUCAUAGUGACAAAAAAAGACAUUUGGUCGCCUCUUACCCAACUCAAACCUCCUUUUUUCUAACUUAUUUCAAACAUGCAGCUCUCUUCUCCUUCCUCCAUUUUGCCACUUUCGAAACGGGAUCAUUCGGAUUCAACGGUGCGGGUCAAUUAGCGGACAGUCUGGACCUGUCCUCCGGCGCUCUGAUCGGCGUCUACGACGAGCUGUUCGCCAUCCAGAAGUCCACCAGCUUCAUCGAGCCUGCCCUGCCCACCCACCGACAUUCGGGAUAUAUCGUGUCGAGUUUCAAGAUUCUGGAUCGGUCCAGUCGACAGAAACAGCUGGAGAAGGCGUGGCUGUCGUGGACUGGAGCCCGCGAGAUCUACAAAUACUCGCCGAGGACCUGGAAUCUGCGGAGGAUCACGUUGACGAGGAUCGCCGGACUAUCGUAAGGGGAGGGGCGGAAAAUUUGGGGCUGUUGCGAAGGGCAGUUUUGGGCCAGUUUAUGGCCAAAUGGGUCGUUUUUUGAGUCAAAUUUUAUACUUAAUUUGAAAGCCUGAGUGAGGAAGAGUAAUUGCUGAGCUAUACUAAGCUCAUUUUCUGAAAGCCUUAAAACUGAUGAAUUAUUUAAUUACGAAUUCUAAUAUUUGAAUUAAAAACUUUUGGAUUAAGUUUGAGUCAAAAUACAGUAUGAAUUCCAAAAAAAUUUGAAAAUAUUUUUGAGAAAGCAUGCAAAACAUGACUAAAAUUGAAUAUUGAUGAUUCCGAAAAGCCUUGCGAACUCAUGAAUUCGAAUUUCCAGCAAGGACAACCAGCGGACAUUUGCAUACGUUGUGUUGUGCGAAUUCGGCAACAUUCUGCAUCCCUCCAACACGAUCAAGGCGCUGGACAUGUGCGAGAGAUUGCGAGCCAGGAAUUGCGGUCAUGUUGGGCUGUAUCAGGUACCAUUCGAUGACAUAUUACUCAUCUUGUCCUAUGUUUAGGUCCAAUACAACUAUGGGAAAGCGCCGAGUUCUCCGUUCGCCCCUCCCCGACCCCGUCUCCAGACCCAAUCCAACACCCCAUCACCCUCAAAUUCGACCAAUUUUCGGGGCCUUUCGCCGCGCGGAUCGCCGCGAUUAUCGCCUCGAAGCAUGCCCAGCAACCUGAUGAAUGGCCGCAGGCCAAUGGUUCGUGGAUAUUCGCAGGAUGUGGACACGUCGGGGCCCAAUGACACCGCCCGACGUCGCAGUAUCCUGCUCCGGAUGAGGGAUCGGAGUCUGGGCUACGAACUGAACGAACCCGGCCGCUUCCACAGCUAUCAACAGUUCGAGGAGUUGGCUUGA